AUGGCCGUUUAUGAAGUAGUGUUGCACUACUUACCGGAGGAAGUGAUAGAGGUAGUGUUGGGUUACUUGACGUCGAACCAGGACCGGAAUGCAGCGUCACUUGUGUGCAAGUCCUGGUACAAUGCAGAAAGAUUGAGCCGAAGAAAAGGUAGCUUUAGGUUAUUUCUGUUUAGUUAUGUCAACCUCUUACCUUGUGUUCAGGAAUAUGAGCUGCUAAGAUUCCCUGUUAUGUUGCGAAAUUUGUUUCUGAUGCAGGUCGUUAAGAGAGUUGGACUUUCAAAAAACAUUUUUUCAAGGGCUGUUCUGUUUGCCGGAGAGCUGAAUCACCCUUGUCUCAUUGAAUUUAUCUUGCUUUUCUGGAAGAAUAAACUUCGCAGGAUAUUAGUUAAAGCUCCUCAGUUGGUGGACUUGGGGAUGGGGUACCUUAUCGGUACUGGUCCACUUUUAGAUAUUUGUAAUGCACUAUAUGGUGCUCUAGGCAAGUGUACUUCGAUUAGGAGCUUGUCUUUGGGGAUCAUCGAUUUGGGUAGUCGCUUACUGCCUGCUGUCUAUCCAAUCUGCCACAACUUGACAUCCUUGAAACUCAGCCCUUGUUUAAUCUCUGCUGAUUUUAACAGACUGAUUCGUCGAUGCAUCAAGUUAGAGUGCCUAUGGAUGAAGAGUUCUGUGUUUUGGCUUCUAACUUGUAAAGAGCUGCAGGAAUUAAGGAUUAUUGACAGUCCAGUUCGUCGUAAUCUUCAUAUUACUGAACAAGGGUUGGUUGCUCUUUGGGAAUGCAUAGGCAAAAGAGUUGAAGAUGUGAUGGCUAUGCAGCCUCUUGACGAAGGUUUUGGGGCAAUUGUACGGUUAUGCAAAGGCCUUAAGCGGCUGAGACUCUGUGGGCGUUUAACUGAUCAAGUAUUCCUUUACAUGGGGAAGUAUGCUAAGCAUCUUGAGGUGCUCACUGUAAACUUGAUAAAGGUCACUACGUUGGGGCCUAGAAACAGAACCUUUUUGGAUUUUCAAGUACCCCACUUUGCUGGAGACAGCGAAAAGGGAAUUCUCUAUGUGUUGAAUGGGUGCAAGAAACUGAAAGAACUUGAUAUCAGGAAUAGCAGCUUUGGUAACGCGACACUCCUGGAGGACGUAAGGAAGUAUGAAUGGAUGCAAUGCCUUUAUAUAGAGAAUUGUCAAAUGAACUUUGGAGCAUGCAAGCAACUGGCACAUGAGAUGCCUAGCCUCAAUGUGGAGAUCAUUCGCAAGAAGACCAUGAGGCCACCAGGGAACAAUACGGUGAUCAUUAACCCUGGUGAUAACGAUAAAAUAAACAAGAUGUACUUGUAUCGUACGCUUGUUGUCCCCAGAAAAGAUGCACCUGAUUAUGUUCUGACGUUGUAG